CGUAAUCAGUUCUGCUCAUACUUGAAGGAAUCAAACUGAAUCGAGCACAAAGAAUACGUUGUUGUCGAGACGCUUCUCCGCACAGUGCGUGCGCAUUUUCCUUUCAGUCGCUCUCUACUUACUCGAAUGCUAGAGAACAAAUGCGCAUCGUCUCUUAGGCAGUGAGCUUCUCCAAGGAGUUCAGUACCGCUGUGGGAAAAAUCCAGGAACGAGGGAAGAAUUCUGAAACUCACAGAAGUUAUUUCCAGAGCAGGCGUUACGGACGAUACAGCCUUUUUCUACAGUUGCAUAGGGUUCUUAUUUACUGUAGUUUGCAUCUUGACUCCCUUGGAGACCAUGGCCAGUCCACUGGAAAAGGUUGUGGCCCAGAAAAAGGAGGCCAUUGAGGCUGUGAUGGAGAUGUUUGAGCGGGGAGCGGAGGUACUGGCCAGUGCAGUCGGGGAGUUAUUCCCCUUGUGUGAGGCAGCCGCCCCGGUCCUGCGGCUGGCCCUGGACAAUGUGCACAGCAAGGAGGUCUUCUACGUCAAAGAGCAGUUUCUGGUUGUGCGGAACAAGCUGGAUAUCAUCUCCACCCAGUUGGAGAACAUAGAUAAUGAGAUCAAGAAGGGAAGGUUGGAUGCCCAAUACUUCUCUGUGGAGGAGAACCUCCGGAACCAGUUCCGCAAGUAUAUGGACAUCCUGGAUGCCAAGCCACAGUUCCGGGAGGUCAAGACCAGACUGUUUCUGGAGCACUUUGGCAAAACAGGAGGGGACAAGAACCUUCAUGUGCUCUAUGAUGCUGUGAUGGGGAGCAACACUUUUGGGCAGUCCAUUCUGGAGGUGGUGGUGAGAUAUGAGGCCAGGAACAGGAGAAUCCUGGAGGACUUCUGUGUUCGGAUGAAAGAGCUCUUCUGCCUGGGACUCAUCUCUCUCCUGGGCCACUGUGCACUGACACAAGGGGAGGAGCAAGAGCAGGCAAUGAUUGAGGAUUGGAAUCAGAAGAUCCAGGAAGUGGAGACCAGGAUGAAGAUCACUAUUGAGGAGUGUGUGACAGCCUUCCCUGAGCAGGCUUGUCUGGACAUACAGCAGCUGGUCCAGGAGAAGGGGGAGAAGGGCAACCAGGACACAGCUGAGGCACUGCAACAAUUUCUAACCAGGAAGUACGACUGGGUGAGCUGGUCAAUUCGUGUGAUCAAUCAUUCUGGCAGCAGCUACCGGAACUGGCGUGCCGGGGACAACUUCCAGUAUGUGGUGGGGCAGAACUGGUUCGAUGUGCUGCAGGUGAAUGACACCAACGUGGUUGUGUCCUAUAGCUGUAGCCCCCAGCCAGUGCCCAAGGACUGCAUCCGGCAGCUGAUGGAGGGGCUGGUGAAGAAGGGUAAUGUGCAGGCUGUGGUGGAGGCCCUGCAGCAGCAGCUGCCUGGGUUUGUGGCACAUGCAGUCAGCCGCCACAAGGAGAGCUGUGCAGCCUGGAGCUUCCCAGAGGACUGCCAUUACUGGGAGAGGCACAAGAACGUGGCACUAUGCGUGCACUCUGAGUGAGCUGCUACUGUUACACACAGCGCUGUCAUCAUCCAGUUAAUCAGGGCCUACCUUAAACUGGUGGAUUUUCAAUAUUUGCUUAAUGUACUCCCCGUUAGACUGCCCUCAAGAGUAAGGUGAAGGUUUGCUGUACACAUUUACAGUACUGUGCAAAAGUCUUAGGCUCCUGUAUAACAUUCUGUACAGAUAAGAUUAUUUAAAAAAUAAUUCAAUGAAAGGUCCUAAAUAAACGUACUAUCCAUUUUACAUUACAUUUUAGUAAUUUGGCAGAAUAGUUCAAAACUGAAUCAAAUCAAUAUUUUUUGUGAACACCCUUCAGCAUUAAAACUGCAUCACUUCUCUGAGAUAGCCAACACUGUCUUGCAGUUCUAUAAGACAAUCAUCUGGGAGGUUAUUCCAAGCAUGAUGGAGAACUUACCACAGUUCUUCUGCAGACUUUGGUUAGUGCCUUGCUUCUGAUCUCAGACAGCCUUUUUCAAGUUUUUAUGUAAAAAGUAGUCAAUUGCUUACAGUAAUAUGUUACUUUUUAAAAUUAAAUACAAAAAUAUCUCUGUAAAAUUAAAUCUUUUGGAAAAUGAAUAUUUAGAAAUCUCAAAUGUGUUCUUUUAUACUAACACACACAAAAAAUAAGCAUAUAUAUAAUAAAGUGUAGGGUGCCUAAGACUUCUGCACAGUACUGUAUAUAAACAUAAAACAUACAUAUAUUAAGGUCAAAGGUAAUAUGUGCCACAAUGAACAAGUCUUAAACGACCAGGCAGACCCAGGCCUUGAAAAGGGAUUUAUUAAAAGGCAACUUACAAACAUGGGUAGGGACAAGGUCAGUUGCGAGUCCUUAGGAGGCACAGGAAGGCCAGAAUGUCUCCCUGUUUGGUUGUAGAGAUAAAUGAAUACAGAUUCAUUGCAUGAUUUAUAUUGCUAUAAAGGUCUGCAAGCGAGAAAAAAAGAUUAAUUGCUCCACACGCGUCCUUAGUUUUCCAGGACCAAGGUGGGCUUGUCCUACUGUUUACAAUAUCCACGAGGUAGUAUACUUCACAUAAUUAACCAGGGUCCAGUAAUAGGUAAUAAUAGGUAAAUGCAAUGUUGAUUUCAGUUUUGCAUAUUGUCUAAUUGAUGCUGUGUUACUUUAUAAUACAAAAGCAGUGUCGUUUUAUAGUCUGUGCAUGUCCAUUAUCACUCUAACUUACUCUGUGCUGACAUUAUGUAAACCUACGCACAUGCAUGUUCCAGCUUAGUGUAUUCGUGUAAAAUCAUGAGUGAAAAUUUGAAAAUAAUUUAGUAAGGGAAUGUUUACAUAAGUACUAAAUGGUAAUUAAUGAUUGCAAUUAAGUAAUUAGCAGUAUUUCACGUAAAAAAUAAAAAAAGUAUUGUCAGAUGUUCAUAA